AUGCAAAACAAAAGGAAUUCCUAAAUUUUUAAAUUACAUAGACACCUUAUGAUUUUCAGUAAGAUUUAAGAUGCAUCUACUGUCAUUGAAUCAUCAAAAAAUUAAUAAUUUAGGAAUAGAAAAAAUAAGUAAUAUCCUCAAUUACAUCUACUUCCCCAUCCACCUCCAAGAUAGAUCAAAACAGACAUAGAUUCAGAAACAGAGAGAUAUUUCAUGCCAUAGAAUAUUAAAAUUGAUCGUAGAUGCUCACAUUCAAUAAGAAGAAACCAAGGUGAAUAUAAUUUCAAUAGAAGUGCUCUUAAUUAUUCGUUUUAGAAAAAUAAAAAGGAUUAAGCUUGCUAAACUUAUUUCUUAGAUGAACUUUUGAGUGUUGAAAUUUGA